ACCGAGCUGACAGGCUACAGGGAACCACUGCAGAGGCACAGCAGCACCAGGAGCUGACGCUUCGCUGUGAGAGGGGCUGAGAGCCCAACCUGGUGGCGGUGGUGGUCCCUCUGGUGGUGGUAUUUGACUUUGCAGUGCACUGUAAGUGGUGGUGUGUUUUUUGUGUUUUGUGUAGCCCCUCCUUGGUUGUCCACGUCCCAGAACGGCCUCAGUCCCCUGUUGGUGUGUGUUUUAGCCAAGUGUUUUAUAUUGAGAAGCAAUCAUUUUAUUAACAAACUGAUGAAAUAAAAGAUUAAUUACUUUUACUAUUGGAUUGUGAGUUUCAAUAAACAAGUGAACUGGAUCAGUGUCUGCGGCCCUUCUUAUGUAUCUCGCACCUGUGCGCCUUAGGUUCAGUGCUCCCCACUUUAUAUUCCCCAGGUGCAAUUCAUUGGUUUAACCCUGUAUGGUGCUAGUGUUAGAGUACCAAGUGUACUGCUCGUGCUACACUAGCCAUAUUAGCGUCUUCACCGCAUGUUGGACUCGAUGUUGUUUUGGUGGCUGUCUUGCGUCCUCUUGUAAAAAAUUCGCACUGUUUCACAGACAAAGCUUUAGACAUAUCAGUGUUGUAUCUUUCAAACCUUACUUACAGCUUUUACAAGGGUUUUUAAAAUAUAUUUCGAACACUGUCCUCGGACUUAUUUACUAUGCUGCCAUCCCAGAUCCCGGUCACGUGACCCCCCCCCCCCCCACACACACACACACACACACACUUUUCUUACUAUUUAAUUGUUUAAUUAAAGUUGCAUAUCUUUGCAUACCAUUUAAUCGCGAGUCCAAUAUACAAUAGUAUUGUGGCAAAGAAAACUUUUGCCAGAACUCCUCUUUAGACAUUCUAGUUUUUCUAGCUAAUGAUUGGAAAAUCUAUAGAACUGGAAGGAAGUGGAAACUUGGCCAGUAAAUCUGGCCCACUAUAUAUUGGUAGGGUCCAGCUUUCUCCUCACCUUUUAGUUUACAGGUAAUGAAUGCUCUCUAAUUUUAGCCAUUGGUUUGUAAACCAGAGUCUGCAUCACAAGCAAAAAGGACUCAACUCAGUAGUAAUCGAGUGGUAGAUAUUGAAGAUUAAUACAGUUUUUCUGCCUAAUUUAUGACUCGAGUCAUAAAUUAUGACUCGGGUCAUAAGUUGCUCUGCAGUUGCCACUAGUCUGCUAAUGAUCAUUUCCACUUAAACUCAGAUACAAUUUCCUUCUGGGAUUAUUAAAGUAUGUCUGAUUCUGAUUCUGAUUCUGAGUGGAGGAAUGCAGCCACACCAAAAAGUUUUACUACAUUAACAGCCUGAAUAAAAACAUAAAUAAUGUAAUUUAUUGCAUGUAUACUCAUUAAAUUAAGAAAUCUUGAUUUUAAUUCAGAAUACUAAUUGGGAAGAAUGUUUGCAGCCAUUCUGCAUGGCCACAUGUAGGCUGAGUGGAGCUCUGUGCCAUAAACAUCUAUCUGCAUUUUGAUAAAUCUUUGUAAAGCAUCAGCCAUUAUGACAUCUCUAUAUAAAUAAAGCAACAGAUUGCAUUUUUAAGGUUAUUUUUUAUAGUAUUGUAAGCAAUACUAAGAAAGGAAUAAAAACACAAAAACAAAAUAACAAAUGGGAUACAAAUUGUGGUAUGGACUUAACAUUUAAAAGUAAGUCGAUUUCAACAUCAAGCAAAUGAAAUGUUCUCCAGGUAGGUCAGUGAAGGUCCCAUAUGUCCUAUUCCCAGUUAUCAAGCUCAUGAUUUGUCUAGAUGAACUCGGACAGAGCACACACACAUAAAGCUUGUUGUAAGUAUUUCAAGUUAUGGAUUGUAGAUGACAAAAAACAGAGACAGUUACCAGACGGGAGAUGAAGUGUGCAGGAGUUGGCUGACUGGAACGGACCGGAGAUGACUGACAGGAUCUGGAGGACGGACUGCUGAAAACCCCGUGGUGCAGCAUUAAGGCAGCAGAUAGGAGUCCGGAGGUGCUGGGCUGCUGCGGAACCAGGACUGCAGACUAGAGGACAUUGAAGACGAAGGAGCAAAAAUCCAGCAGCGCAGCAUAACAGGCUUGGAGAUGAAGGAGACUGAAGCGAACAGGACUUGACAGGCUUGGUGUUGAAUUGACUGAAGACGAGCCGGCGACCAGGAACAAACUGAGAUUGAACAACCAGAAUACCAGAAGUCUGCAAAGUCCUGAAGAAAUGUGGAAGAGCAUGCUCUCCCACAACAACAGUGUAGAAGACAUAGCAAAGGCCAAACUAGAACAGCAGCAUAACAUGGACACACGCAAGAGAUCUACAGAGCGUGACGAGCACACAGGAAGAGCAAAAUGUCGGGAGCCAGUGGACAACACUGGAACUAUUGAGUGGAACCACAAAACUGCUAAAAACAGCAGUAGUGCUGGUGGAAGAACUAACAGCAACAGUACUGGGAAGGGUGGUCGACGGGAGAAGGGCAGGGACCUUUCCCAAGAUGACCUUGUCUUUCUGCUGAGCUUGCUGGAAGGAGAGCUACAGGCCAGGGAUGAGGUGAUCACAGUACUAAAGGCAGAGAAAAUUGACUUGGCGCUGUUGGAAGCCAAAUAUGGGUUUGUCACACCUCAGAAAGUCCUACAGGGCCUGCAGAGAGACGCCAUCCAGGGAAAGUCUGACAUCUUCCAGGAAGACAUCUACGAGAAACCGAUGGCAGAGCUUGAUAAGUUAGUGGAGAAGCAGAGGGAGACCCAUCGGCGGAUGCUGGAGCAGCUGCUGAUGGUGGAGCAGGCACACAAACAGGCUCUGUACAAACUGGAAGAUGAGAAGAGGAACCAUGGAGAGUUCAUGAGGAAGAGUGACGAGUUCACCAACCUGCUGGAGCAGGAGCGUGAGAGGUUAAAGCUGUUAAUUGAUCAGGAAAAGGCCUAUCAAGAAAGAAAAGACCAAGAAAACAACAAAAAGAUAUUGAGUCUGAAAGAAGAGCUGACCAAACUUAAGUCUUUUGCGUUGAUGGUUGUGGAUGAACAGCAGCGUCUCACUGAACAGCUAAAUCAGAAAACAGUCAAGGUCCAAGAUCUCUGUGCCGCAUUUUCUCAAGCUCAGGAGGAGCUGAGCUCCGCUAAUGCUCGUCUGCAGGAAGAAAAGCAAAAGGUCUUUCGUUUAGAGGCUAAGUUGCAUGACCAAGCCAAUCAACACCAUCAAGAACAGGAAGUUAUGACUGCCAAACUCACUAGCGAAGAUGCUCAAAACAGGCAUUUGCGCCAGAAGCUGUUGGCACUAAGUCGGCAGCUGGAUGAGCUGGGGGAGACCAACAAAACCCUGAGAAGGGCUGAGGAGGAGCUGCAGGAGCUGAAGGAUAAAAUUAGCCGAGGCAAUUGUGGAAACUCAAGCCUCAUGUCAGAAAUUGACGAGUUACGAAAACGAGUUCUUGAGAUGGAGGGGAAGGAUGAGGAGUUGGUCAGAUUGGAGGACCAGUGUAGAGACCUCAACAAGAAACUAGAGAAAGAGAACGAACAGAGCCGGUGUUUGAAAACUGAAAUUGAUCAACUGAACUUCAGAAUUACAAACUUAGAAAAAUUGGAGGGGACUUUCAGUAAAAGCAAACAAGAAUGUAUUUCUCUUAAAAGUAACUUGGAAAAGGAGAGGACUGUGUCAAAGGUGUUGGGCAGUGAGCUGGAAGUUUUAAACAUCAGGGUCAAAGAAUUGGAGGCUGAUGAAAGCAAGCUGGUCAAGACGGAGCAGAUGCUGAAGGAAGAACUGACCAAGUUAAAGACUCUGACGGUAAUGCUGGUAGAUGAGAGAAAGGCAAUGGGAGAGAAGCUAAAGCAAAUGGAAAACAAGGUGCAAAACACCACCAGCAAGCUUCAGGCUGAGCAGGACAAGGUAACAUCAGUUACAGAGAAGCUGAUAGAAGAGAGCAAAAAGACAUUAAGGUCAAAGGCAGAGCUAGAGGAAAAAAUGUGCUUUGUAACAAAGGAAAGGGAUGACUUAAAAACCAAGCUGAGAGCUGAGGAAGAGAAGAAUAAAGAUUUGGAGUCCAAAAUCAAUAUGAUGAAUAAACGAUUGCAGUCACUUGAGACAAUUGAGAGGGAACACCUGAGAAGCAAAGCAAAAGAGGAGCAACUGAAAACACCACUCGCUAAUCACUUCCAGAAAGAAGACAACAAAAUCAAAGAUUUGACACAGGAGGUUGAACGCCUUAGACACAAAUUAAAGGAUAUCCAAGUGGUAGAGGGCAACUCAUUAAAAAAUCCAGAGUAUGAAACACUGGAGAAAAGGUUUGCCAAUGAACAAGAAAGAGCCAAAGCCCUGAUGGAGGAGCUGGAAGUAUCCAGAAAAGAGCUUUCAAUGUACCAACUGGCUGAAAAGAAAGAGUGUAAGCAAGAGCAUGUCCUUUAUAAACGAUUGAAGGAAGAAGAAGCAAAAUCUAGUCAUUUGUCAAGAGAGGUUGUAGCUCUGAAGGAGAAGAUUCAUGAUUACAUGGGAACAGAGGAGUCCAUUUGCCACAUGAAAACUGACUACUCUACUCUGCAAAGAAAACUGACCCAGCAGGAAGUAAGAAACAAAGAAUUGGCCCGAGAAAUGGAGGUGCUAACUCAAGAGCUGGAGAGAUAUAGACGCUUCAGCAAAAGUCUCCGCCCAGGCAUGAACGGAAGGCGAUUUUCAGACCUGCAUGUGUCUACCAAGGAGGUUCAGACUGAGCCACUUGACCUCAUGUCUCCUAUCAGCAAGACUAUGUCACCCCUGGAUCGAGUGAUGGUCAAUAGGAAGAUCUACGAUGAAAGCGUGGCUGAUGAUAGCACAAAUUACAGUAAUGAACUUCAGCUCACUAAAUAUAGCCCCUCCCUUAUCAACAACGUCAACAAUCUAAACAACAACUUGAGACGAGCAACGGGCUCAUUGUUCAAAACAAAAGACAGUGUUCAUCAGGUGAAUGGCAAAAUGCAACCACUGCAAAAUGGUUACCAUGUCCAGCAUGGAGAUGUUAUGUUGACCCAUAGUCCUGGGCAACCACUGCAUAUAAAAGUGACUCCUGACCACGGACACAACACAGCAACACUAGAGAUCACAAGUCCAAGCACAGAAACUCCUCAGUCAUUCACCAGCACUGCCGUCAUACCGACGAGUGGAGCUCCCUCCAAGCAGAGAAUUACGAUCAUUCAGAAUGCUUCCAUUUCCCCUGCCACAAAAUCCAUUUCUCCAACAACUAAAUCCAAGUGUUUCUCCGUCUCAGAUGAACCAUGCUCCCCAGAUAGGGCCCUAUCACCUUUCACUAUGACUGCUUACUCCAGAGCAAUGACCCCAGACUCAUGUGGUUCUGUAACACCAGACCGAGCCAUGUCACCAAUACAAAUUGUAUCAGUGACAACAGGCACACAGGAUCGCUCCCUUUCUGCAGAGCCUUUGGAGGUCGUAGGUGAACACACUGUCUUCCGUGUCACCCCAGAGAGGCAAAGUGGCUGGCAGGUGCAGAGGUCCAACAGCUCGGGGUCCAACGUCAUCACCACAGAGGAUAACAAAAUCCACAUUCACUUAGGAAGCCCGUUUAUUCAAAGCGUCAGCACCCCUUCGCAAGGACCUGGACUCCAGGAUGGAAAGACUCAGGUUGCUAAAGGCAAUAAUAAAAUCACAAGUAGCAUCAUGAUUAAGCCUACAUCUACCCAAAUUCAAAGGCCAUCACAAAUUACAAUGCCUCCAGAAGCAUCCCGACGUGCAGGACCGACGAGGAUCCCCAAACCAAAGGGCUUCAGCUCCCAGAAAGGCACCAACAACCCUCCAACAAACCCAGGACAAUCGUUGGUGGCUCCUGGAAUAGGAAGAGAGUCGGCCUCACAUAUGACUGCAUUGCAUUCUAAAAACAACCUAAAUCUGCUCAACCGGAGACUGUGACAGUAUUUUUUUUUUCUAUUAAGCUUAGACAGAACCCAUAUUGUGCUAAAUUAAAUGAUUUUGUCUGUGUUCCAUUUCACAAAAUCUUCAUCAAGGGUAUUCUAAAAGUGACUAAAUGUUGUCUGUAUUCUGUUCUGUGUAAACAUGUUGUAGGAGAAUGUUUCAUUCAAUAAACCAUUAACUAUUCACAACUAA